AUGCAUACGUGGUGUAAUUCGAGAAGUGCAAAGGUUUCUUUCAUUGACGAAACGAAGAGAGUGAAAACUAAACUUGAAGGAAAGUGCAGAAAGCAAGAACCGAAACUAAAACGAUUGAGAAAAGAUAUGCAAAAUAACAAAUUGCUGAAGAAUUACUUUGUAUUCCAUAAUGAAGAUCCCAAUGCAGAUGUGUUCAUUUACAAGGUAAUCCAAGAAGAAACUGAUGACGAAACUAUUAGAAACCAAGAUACAGUAAUUUUUACUGAAAAGAUUGAAUCCAAAAGAUCAAUCAAUGAACAUGGUCAUUCUCCUUCCAUUCCCACCAAACAACCCAUUUCUCCAUCCAAUAACAGUUCAGAAUUUCUCAAUAUUGCAAGUUUUCUAUCCAGUCUUCCACUAAACUCAAUUGACCAAUUGGAUGUGCCAACUCUUAAAUCAUUAUUUGGUUUCGCAAAUGAAACUAAUCCACAACAACCAUCACAAGAAUCGAGUUACAAUUUUGAAGCAUUAUUACUCUUUUCUGAUGAUGAGUCCACUUUUUUAUAA